AUGAAGCGAGAACUCGGUGGUAAGGGCGCGGGCCUCGCGGAGAUGAGCCGCGUCGGCCUCGACGUACCCGCGGGGUUCACGCUGUCGACUAAAUUGUGCGCACUGUACGCCGAGGCUGACAAGGAAGGCAAAGGCAGCCAGCUGCUGGAGAAGGCUGGGGCCGUGAUGAAGGAGGUUGAGAUGGGGGUCAAGUUCAUCGAGAAGCAGAUGCGCCGCCCGAUCCCCCGCGGCUCAUCCUCCAAGACCUCCAAGGACGGCGAGCUGCCGCUGCUCCUCUCCAUCCGCUCCGGCGCGGCUGUGUCGAUGCCCGGCAUGAUGGACACCGUGCUGAACCUCGGGUUGAACGACGUUAUCGUCGAAGGGUUCUGCUCCUCGCCGACGACGUCCGAGGCUGAGCGCAGGUUUUGCCUCGACGCGUAUCGCCGACUGCUCGACAUGUUCGGCGACGUCGUGUUAUCGAUCCCGCGCGUGGACUUCGAGAGCGCCCUGACGGAGAUGAAACGUGCUCGCGGCGUCGCGACCGACGCCGAGCUCACCGCUGACGAUCUCCGCGAGCUCUGCGAGAAAUACAAGCGGGUGUACGUUGAUCGCGGUAAAACUUUUCCGUCUGACCCCGAGACGCAGCUCAGGAAGUCCAUCGAGGCUGUGUUUGCGUCGUGGAAGAACCCGCGGGCGGUCAAGUACCGCGAGAUCAACAAGGACUGCGCGGGUCUCGAGGGCACCGCCGUUAACGUCCAGGCGAUGGUUUUCGGCAACCGCGACGACGACUCCUGCUCCGGAGUCCUCUUCACACGUGACCCGUCCACCGGCGAGAAGAAGCUCUACGGCGAGUACCUCGUCAACGCCCAGGGCGAAGACGUGGUGGCGGGCAUUCGAACCCCGGAAAACAUCGAUCAGCUCGCGGUUCAGUUCCCGCGCUGCCACAAGACUCUGGUCGACUGGUGCGACCGGCUGGAAAACCACUUCUGGGACGUCAUGGACAUCGAGUUCACGGUCGAGUCCAACAAGCUCUGGAUCCUCCAGUGCCGCUCGGGCAAGCGGAUCGGCGCCGCCGCCGUCAAGAUCGCCUGCGACAUGGUCGACGAGGGGCUCAUCACCGUUCCCCGCGCGGUUCUCAUGGUCGAGCCGAGACACCUGGACCAGCUGCUGCGGCCGAGGUUCGACCCCGGGGACCUUGCUGGAGACGCGGACGUCGUCGCCAAAGGUUUGCCCGCGUCACCCGGCGCCGCGGUGGGAACCAUCGUGUUCACCGCGGCCGACGCCGAAGCCGCCAAGAAGCGAGGAGUGGAUUGCGUUCUGAUCAGGGUCGAGACGAGCGCCGAGGACGUCGGAGGCAUGCACGCGAGCUGCGGCAUCCUCACGGCGAGAGGCGGGAUGACGAGCCACGCGGCGGUGGUGGCUCGCGGCUGGGGUAAGCCCUGCGUCGUCGGUUGCGGGGACAUGUUCGUCAACGAACGCGACAAGACGGUGCGGUUCCAGGGCUGCGACGCAAAGUUUAAAGAGGGCGACGCCAUCUCGUUGGACGGCGACCGGGGUUUAGUGAUUCGCGGCUCCAGAGCUCUGAUCGCGUCAAUCGCCGACAACGGCGACCUCGCGAGGGUCAUGCGAUGGACCGACGAGACCCGCCGCAUCCAGGUUCUCGCCAACGCGGACACUCCAGCCGACGCGGCCAUCGCACGCGCCAAUGGUGCCGAGGGUAUCGGGCUGGUACGCACCGAGCACCAGUUUUUCAGCUCGCCCGAGCGUCUUCGCGCGAUGCGCUCGAUGGUGCUCGCCUCGGACGACGCGGCCAGGACCGAGGCGUGCGACCGGAUGUUGCCUUUCCAGCGCGAGGAUUUCGAGGGUAUCUUCACGGCGAUGGCGGGCUUGUCCGUGUGCGUACGCCUGCUCGACCCGCCGUUGCACGAGUUUCUGCCCCCGAAAAAGAGCCAGGAGCUCGACAGGGUCGCCCGCGACGUGGCCUCAAACGCGGGCGAGAAGGACGUCGGCAAGAUCCUCGCUCGAGCCGAGAGGAUGCGAGAGGCGAACCCGAUGCUGGGAAUGCGCGGGUGCCGUCUCGGUAUUCAGCACCCGUCGGUGACUGCGAUGCAAAGCCGCGCCAUCUUCGAAGCGGCCAAGGCGUGCGCGGACAAGGGAAUACGGGUCAAGCCUCAGAUCAUGGUUCCCUUGGUCGCCACCGCGGCGGAGUUUUCGCAUCAGGCGAACGUCAUCCGCGACGUCCACGCCGAGGUGUUCGCCGGCGUCGAGGCUUUGCCGUUUGAAGUUGGCGUGAUGGUCGAGACCCCUCGCGCGGCGCUCGUGGCGGACAAACUCGUCCGCGCGGGAGCUCAGUUUCUGAGUCUCGGCACGAACGACCUCACGCAGAUGACGUUUGGCUUCAGCCGCGACGACGUCGGUCCGAUUCUCAAGACGUACCGCGAGAACGGCAUCCUGACGAAUGAUCCCUUCGAACGCAUCGACGAGCUCGGCGUCGGUUUGCUCAUCGAGAACUGCGCGAUGAUGGCCAGGGCGGCUGUUCGCGAGCUGAACGAGCAGUGGCAGGAGGACCAGUCCAAGCCCAAAGGCGACAAGACCAAGGUUAAGAUUGGCGUGUGCGGGGAACACGGAGGGGACCCAGCAAGCGUUCGUUACUUCGCCUCCGACCGCGUCGCGCUCGAUUACGUCAGCUGCAGCGCCCAUCGCGUCAUCGCGGCUCGGCUCGCGGCGGCCCAAGCGGCGGCGCGCGAGUUGGACGCACUUUGA